AUGGCGGCCCCGGCGCAUCGGAGCGAACCCGAACCCGACGACGAAGAGCGCGAGCUGGCGCGGCAGAUCCUGGUGCUGGAGCGCAAAGCCAAGCUGCGCCAGCGGCUCCGGCAGCUGCAGGAGGCCGAAGCGGCCGAGGAGGCCAAGGAGGCCAAGGAGGUCCGCGACAGCCUCGCAGCGCGAGCGCACGCGCGUGCGAGCAACGCGGUCGAGCCCGAGGACAAUCACGUCAUGGGCCGCCAGCCUCUGCCAUUUCAGCGACAACACCAACUGUUGGAGGAGGAGGAGGACGACGACGACGACAAAGAUCCAGAUAAAGUGCCAGGCGCACUGCAGACGGAAACGGCCCUGCCGCUUCGGCCUGCGCCCCCCGCGCCCGGCCCGCAGACCCAACAGGGCCGCCCAGACUUCUGGUCCUUGUCCAAGUUUGGCCUGCUGGCCUGCGUCGACACGGCAAUGGGCUCCUCCCACGCGGCGCAGCCGCCGCCCACACACGCCGUCGGCGUGGCCCUUAAUGCGCAGUUUGACCCGACCUUUUACGUCGUGCGCGCGGCCGACGGCGGCGGCGGCGACGACGAGUGGACGCUGCCGGCCGGCCAUGUGCUGGGCGUGACGUGCUCGUACAGCCUGACGGCGCUGCGGCGCGACGCCGGGCCGCUGCUGUUCCAGCCAGGGGGCGGCCGGCGUGCCGUCCGCGUGCUGGAACUGGCGGUCCACAUCAAGGUCAUGUUUGCGGGCCACGCGCCGCGGAAUGUGGCCCUGCGCCGGGGGUCGCCGGCGACCCGACUGGCCAGAGCAGCCGGCGGGACGGCCGGCACGACGGGCACGACCGACACGACCGACACGACACAGACAGCCGGCAACGACCGGGCGCGGCGUGUGGUCCUGGCGCCCAAGCCUCACGCGACGUCGCUUAGCCAGCAGAGCCUGUGGUGGACCAGCGUGCACGACGCGGACAGCGACGGCCGGAUCCGGGGCAACCGGAGCCGCAGCGGGCGUCUGCCGCAGUGGACAGCGUCGUCGCCGCGCGAACACCGCUUCGAGCUGGAGAUGAUUAUGAAGAAGCCCCCGCCCAAGGAGGCGACGGAGGGGCCGUCCAGCCCAGCAAAGACAAAGACGAAGACGAUAACAAAGACGAAGACGGCGUCGGCGUCGGCACCACUACCCACAGGCACAGGCGCUCGUGCCGACGCCAAGCCAGUCGCGCGCGGCCACAUCCACUUGUGCAUCGAGCUGCUGGCCAACGUGGGCGACGGCGAGUGGCUCAAGGUGGCACACCGCAAGUCGGAACGGCUGACGAUCCGCAGCGGCGGGUCCCCGAAUCCGGACACAUGGACGCCGACCCCGGAGGGGACGGUAUAG